CUGUGCUUUCAAACAGCUCUAAGGCAAAUAACAAAAUGGCGGACUUAAUGGAUGCUAUGAUAGCCCUUUUAUUUAGCUAUUUGAAAAUUUCACCGAGUCUCCUUGUUGGAUUUAGAACUACCAGCGCCAGUGUACGUUAUCUGGAUUUACAGUACGUGCGAUCAGGAAAAAACGAGACCUAGCCACUGUAAGUUGUUGAUUGGUCAGGUUGCCUGACGCAACGGCAUGUGACGCAAAAUGAGCACUCCUCAUUGGCUGGACAGAUGGAUAAGAGGAUGUAGGUGCGUGUAGUAAAGUCACUACCCGGAACUUGGAUUUGGAAGCAAACGUCUCUGUUGGAAGUACUGAAGCCUGCUUCUGUUCAAGUACUCUACUUUCGAAAAGAUGAGUUCACAGACAAUGCUAUUGAGGUUGUGCCAUUUUCAUGGCUUGGACACACUUCUGAGCAUGGCAUGGUCUGCUACUGGACGACACACAAUGUGCGAUUGCAUGUUGUGAAGUGCCGAGCACCAAAUACAACUUGGGCCAAACAUCCCGUUAAGAAAACCUGGUACGAAACAGUAAAAGCAGAAUGAGGCAAUCGUCGUCAUCCGAAGAGUCCAUAUUGUUGGUUACUCGGUCAAAGUAGAACAGACGCAACACGUGAACAUCCAAGCAUGAAGUUUAAUGGCCCAGGGUCCGGUUCUUCACGUGAACGUGUAGCGUGCAGCGUGAACCUUCUAUGGCCCAGCUGCCUAAGGCAGCGUAAGCGCCCAAGGAGGUUUGUCUCCGAAUCCUCUGAUGAUGAUGAUUCUGCUCCAGUGGUAGCAGCAACCAAAAAGCAACCCAAGACUCUGACUGUGCCUGGAAGCCCUGUGUGUCAGCAGGACCCAAUGCCACUACCACCACAAUGGUCAACACCAGCCGGGACUGGAGCCAGUCCUCACCACCCUAGCCCAAGUCCUGUUGACCCUGUUCAAGCCAGCAGCCGGGCACUACACCCAAUUCAGUCAGCCAGGCACCUCCAAGAAUCACUGGAAACCUCUUUUGACUCUGUUCAAGCCAGCAGCCGGGCGCUUCAUGACGGACAGGGUGUCUCGGCUAUCACAGCCAUGUUUGAGAGAAUCACAGAGGCCCACAUGAGUCGCUUGAUGCGGAGGCUCGAGGCUAGGUUUGACAAGAUUGAGUCAUUGGUGGAGACCAACGCCCCGACACACACGCCUCAACUCCAGCAAGAAGAUGUGGUGUUGGCUAAACCAUGCAGCAUGGUGAUGGAGCUGCUGGAGUUGGAUAGGAGUCUGGAACAACCAGACAAGAGGAACAAGAUGCAACAUUUUCUUGAAACUGUCGGAGGGGCAGGUUUAGGGGCAGCCAUUCACCGUAUGCUACGCCGAGCGGCAAAUAAUGAGGUACUCGCCCAGUACAGCUUGCGGGUCAGACGGGCCAAAAUGUCCUUUGAUGUCCAUUCUGUGCAAGAUUAUAAAGGCUGCAUGCGUCAAAAAAUUUCCUGGCCAUACGGAAGCUGAAGUGGAGGAAUGCCUUGGGCAGACUCUAAAAUUUGCACCACACAGACGGUCAGCAGCAACGGGUGAACAGUGAUUUUUAUUCUAUUUUUUUGUGAAGUGAUUUUUUUUUUUUUUUUUUUUAAUUCUAUUUUGUUAUUGAAUGCACAGUUACACUUUAAACUGUUAUUUCUAUUUUAUUCUGUUUUGAAUGUGUUUUAUUGAAUGCACCGUUUCAGAAACUUUUCUAUUUUAUUCUGUUUUGUAUAUAUGAUUGUUUUAUUGAAUGCACUGUUACACUUUCAGAAACUUUUUUUAUUUUCAAACAUUUUUUUAUUCAAAUUUGUUAUUGAUAUUUUAUCUCAUUAAACUUUCAAGACCUGCCAAA